AUGUUUGAAAAAAAAAAUCAUCAAAGAUAUAAAUAUUUAAAUAGUAUUGAAAUAGAAAAGAUUUAUGAAAAAUGGUUAGAAUUAGCAAACAAACACGAUUUAGAAGAUUAUAUCUAAAAAUGGUUACAAAAGGAGGAAAUUAGUAUAUUUCAAUAUAAAUAUAUCAAGAAUUUGAAUUAAAAAUUGAAAUAGGCACAAGAAGAAAUAAAUAUUUCUCUAAUAUGCCGAUUGCUUAGAAAAAAUGCAAACAGAAAUAAAGGAAACAUUCUCAAUCCAAAACUAUAUUCAUAUGCAUUCACAAAAUCAAAGAACUUAAUAGAAGAAUUUCAAGAAGUAAAUAAUUCUUAAAAUAUUCUUAGGAGUACUAAAAAUGUUUAUAAUUUUAAUAUAACUCAGAAUUUCCAUAAUAAAAUUUAAUUUUUUAAAGAUCUUCAAAAAACUGUAGGAUAAACAGCUAUAUUAUUUUCAGGUGGUGCAAUAAUGGGAUUAUAUAUUUGUUGAGUAGCUAAUAUUUUGGAUAAAUUAGAGAUUUUACCUAAAGUUAUGACUGGCAGUUCAGCAGGUGCGAUAUUAGUCAGUUUGGAUGGAACAGCUACAGAUGUACAAACUAUUUUUAACCAAAAUAUUAUGAUUACUCUAUGUUUGAAUAAAAAUCUUAAUUUGAUAUCCUGGAUAAAAUUGGUAGAUUAUUAACUAAGGGUUACAUAUAAGAAAAAGAAUAAAUGCAAUAGUUUUUAUAAAAAGCAUAUGGAGAUAUUACUUUUUUGGAAGCAUAUUAAAAAACAGGAAAAAUUAUGAAUUUUAUGGUAACAGGAAAAGAAUGA